CGUGGCAAUCGCAGCAUGGCUGUAUCACGGACAUCAUGCCACGGAUUCCACCAUUUUGAUUUCCACGUGGUUGUUUAGCGUCUCUGCUCCGCAAUUUACUUUAUUUCCUACGAUUUCAUCGUAAUCCGAUUUGGAUCAUCUGUCUACUGUCGGCUGUCGGAUUUUUACGAGAUGCCAGUUGCACAAAAUGAAGUCAAAUCUAGCUGGGCUGAUGAAGUUGAAGAAGAGGGAGGAGCGUUACCCCUACCUACGGAAGUCUACGAGAAUGGUUUCAAAAUUCUCACCGAGUACAAGUACAAUGAAGACAAUAAAAAAAUCAAGGUUGUACGUGCUUACAAGAUAGAGCGACGCAUAGUUUCGAAAACGAUUGCGGCGCGCAAGAAUUGGACCAAGUUCGGCGAUUCUGCCGACGACAGACCAGGUCCAAAUCCAGCCACCACUGUCGGUGGCGAAGAUAUAUUCAUACAGUUUAUAUCCAGCAAGGAGGAGGACAACAAAGUGGAGGAAGACUCCUUGGAUAAGUUAAAAAGUAUGGGCGACAAGGGAGUCGUCAAGUGUCGUAAUUGUAACGGCGACCACUGGACGUCCAAGUGUCCAUACAGAGACACUGUUCUUGCUGGUGGAAAAGUACCAGAUGACAAGAAACCUCUCGUUAGUACUGGAGUACCUGGUGCAAUGGCUGAACUUAAGCCGCAGGGUGGCAAGUACGUACCGCCUGGUAUGCGUGACGGUGGCAGCAAACGUGGAGACUCGAUGCAGAUGCAGAGACGCGACGAUACAACCGCCAUACGUAUUUCCAAUCUCUCGCAGAGCACUACAGAUGCCGAUCUAGAUGAGCUUGUGAAGCCAUUCGGUUCCGUAGUCAAGCAGUUUCUCGCCAAAGAGAAACUUUCUAAUCUCUGUAAGGGUUUCGCAUAUGUACAUUUCAAACAUAGGGCUGAUGCAGCAAGAGCAAUCGCAACCCUGGAUGGUUACGGUUACGAUCAUCUAAUCUUGAGCGUCGAAUGGUCAAAGCCACAAGUUCAAAAUAAUUAAGGUGAUGUAAAGCUUGCGACAGUUACGGACAGAAAAGUGAAAUUAGUUCAACUGGAAGUAAUCCUUAUAACAAAUGAAUUGUUCGUGCAUAUAUCUAUGUACAUUUUUAUACCAGAAAUAGAAAGACAAGU